CGGCCGUGUCGAUGGAAGGGGGGCGUGCGGUAGAAAAGGAAGGGCCGGUGGAACGGAGCGCGCUGGAUCGGGGUCCGGGAGAGCACACACGUUCGACGCGGCCUUGCCGAAACCUCCUCGCGAGAUAGUUCUCCGCGCAAUCUCGGCUGUGUGCGUUAGCCACCGGGGACCGUGGAUCGGGCGAGAACGGUGCGCCUCGAGCGGCAUUCUGUCGUCGCGAUCGCUCCGCGAAAGCAAGCAGCGGCACGUCUCCGCGAUCUCCUCGUGCUCCGUCCGUUCUUGUCAUUGUUCUUUCUCCAUCAGGAGGAGGACCAGAAGAGGGUGCUUUCUCUCUCUCUUUCUUUCUCUAUCUGUCUAUCUAUAUCUAUCUAUCCAUCUCCCGGGGACGAGCCGUCAACAACACAACCUGUCGGAGGAAGGAAGAGGACAACGGAGCGGCAGCAAGGACGGCAGCGGGGAGGAGGAGAGGAAUAUCCGUGCAUACGUGCGCAUCGGCGUGGAACUUGGCGGGGCCGGAUUCCGUGUGUCCUGUUGUGCGUUCGUGCGUCGUGCGUGCGUGCGUGCACGCGCGCGCGCGCGCGCGCGAGGACCUGUUGAUAGGUCGCGCGCAGGUGUACCGAGGCCCAACAUCCCCCUUCCUCCCUUCCGUCAGCCGUCAUCGACUACCGCACGACAAGCGCGCCAGGGGAUACGCACCUGGUUCACCGGAGAUCUCUAUGACCGCCGCCGCCUCCUCCUCCUGAUCGACGUUCGGUAGACGUUCGGUCUGCCUGCCCGAUCGAGAUCUCAUCUCGCGGACCAGAUGCCGCGGCUCACGAAGCCGUAUAUGGUAUCGUGAGGAAAAGAACGAGGAGAAUCUACGAGGGAGAUCGCAGUAGUCUCGACAGUCGUCGUCGUAGUCGCAGGACGAAAAACGGCAUCGCCGUCGCGACCGUCCUCUUGGUCGCCAGCUCGUUUCCCUCCUCGAGCGCCCCGACUGUCCCGUACACCGUCUCCUUCCUCCCCCCCUCAUUCCCGUAUUCCACCUCCUCGAUCGCGCGCGAUCGGCCAGACCGGCCGUCGCUGGACACGCCGGAGAGUGCCCUCCUGGUUUUUGCGUUGUGGACCGUGCGCGCGCGCGCGCUCGCGUGCGAGAGUGGUGCCAGUGGUGAGGUUACACGCGUGAUACAGUCGUGGGGCACCGUUGAGAUGCCGUGGCUGCUCGAACUACGGACUCGUGAUUAGUUAAGCGGAUGAAUGGCGGCACGGUGCUUGCGAAGAGGGAGAGCACGAAGAUGUAGGCCGAAGUCGUUCUAAUCGCUCCUCCGCCUUCUUCUUGUCCUUGCUUUGUGAUCCAUCCGACUAGUGGCAAUAAGGGAGGUAACGUCAGUGAGUGACGACGUCACGAUGCGCAUGCCGCCGCUGCUGAGUCUAGUGCUCGUGGCAGCAGUCGCGCUGCUAGCAAUUGCGAAUGCUAACGCAGAGGCUCGCCUACGCAUCGACUCGAACACGAACGUCUCGUCGCCAUCGUGGCCGUCGUCGUCGUCGAAUCACAUCAGGAAGCGCGAGCAGGUGAUCGCCGGGAUAGAGGCCAGCCUGCUCACCUUCCUCGGCCUCAGCAGGAGACCCAAGCCGCAGGGACCGGCCCAUGUUCCGGAGUCGCUCAGGCAGCUGUACAACAUUCAGAACAGCAUCGGCACCGCGGACAUCGCGAAGCCGGGCAUUCACGCGCGAUCGGCCAACGUCGUUCGCUCGUUUUACCAUGUCGAGAGCAAGCUGGACCAGAAGUUCCACUCGCCUAACCGCUUUCGGCUCUCCUUCGACCUCAGCAAGGUGCCCGACGAGGAGACGCUGCAGGCGUCCGAGCUGAUUCUCUCGCGCGUCCCGAUGACCGAUAUCAAGGAGAAGCACGGCCGCGUGCUGGUGUACGACAUAGUGCGGCCCGGCGUGAAGGGUCAACGGCAGCCGAUACUGCGGCUGAUCGACAGCAAGGAGAUCGAUCUGACAAAGAACGCCACGGUCAGCCUGGACGUCCACCCGGCGGUGGUCAGAUGGAUGCAGGACCACCGCGACAACCACGGCCUGCUGGUGCACGUGAUCGGGCCGCAGGUUCGCAAGCGGGAGCACGUGCGGCUGAAGCGCGCCUCGGACGAGCACGAGGACGCGUGGCUGGUGAGGCAGCCGAUGCUGUUCGCUUACAUGGACGACGGCCGCUACGAGAUGGCGUCGGCGCAUCAGAUAAUGGACCGGCGGGCGAGGCGCGCCGCGAUGCGGAAGAACCGGCGGAAGGACGGCCGUGAGAAUUGCCGGCGGCAUCCGCUCUACGUCGACUUCGCGGACGUCGGCUGGAACGACUGGAUCGUCGCGCCGCCCGGAUACGACGCCUUCUACUGCCACGGUGAUUGCCCGUUUCCUCUGGCGGACCAUCUGAACUCGACGAAUCACGCGAUCGUGCAGACGCUCGUUUACUCGACCAAGCCGACCAUGGUGCCGAAGGCGUGUUGCGUGCCGACCGCGCUCAGCUCGAUAUCCAUGCUCUACUUGGACGAGGAGAACAAGGUGGUGCUGAAGAACUACCAGGACAUGACGGUCCUCGGAUGCGGCUGCCGCUGAGACAUCUAUCUUCUUCUUCUUCUUCUUCUUCUUACCGACAUCUCCGCGCAAUCCCUCGAGAGAGGAACGAGCGGAGGGUGAGAAGAAGUGGGUGGACCAUAGAGGAAAGACGACGAUUCGCUCCUCCGCUCGCGCGAGACUCCCGGCUCCGUAUUCUCUCUCUCUCUCUCUCUCUCUCUCUCUCUCUCUCUCUCUCUCUCGGACGCGUCUCUGUCGUCGCUAUUUUUGUUGUGGAUGUAUCAAAUAAAAGGGAAACAUGCGAGAGUAUGAAAGAAUGUAUAUGUCGUUUAUGCUUCGAAAAAGAAAAAAAAACAAAAAAAAACAACGGACGGAUACGAACUUAUCCACCACAGCGAGAGCAGCGACGAGUGUCGAGGUAUAAUAGCUCUCGGUAGAGACGAGAUAUAAGAGAGAUAGAUGUAAAAUUGCGAGCGACGCGUCUUGCGAUUCCGAUGACGGCGGGCGGGCCAGGCGGAUCCGUCAAGAUCACCAGCCUUCGCGAUUCCGCCUUCGCGAUGUAUGUGUAAUCGGUAGGGCCAACUCGAGAUGACGAUUAUUGACUCAUCGGUCGGCGAUGAACGAGGAAAGCGAGUAUCGAAUAAUGCGAGGCGAUCAGCUCCUUCCGAACUCGUCAUCUCGGGUUGAAAGUUCGAGCGGCCGACUGGGAGCGAUUGGGAGCAGCCGCUACCGCGAUUCGCCGCCCGGGCCGAUUGAGCACGCGACGAUAAUGAGAGCAGCGGUAGUUUAAACCCGGCCACAGCCGGGUCUAAUUGAGACAAUGACGGUGGGAUGAACACCUCUAUCUCAUGAACAAUAGGAGACGAUCGGCCGGUCUAAUUUCGCGCAUUAUAACGUCCGCCCAGUUCGCCGCCGCCGCGAAAUGUGCAUCGUUCGAAUCUCUCCGUGACGCGGAAGACCGAAGCCAGGCCAAUGAAGGAGGAGAGUGUGCUCGUGCGCGCGCGCCAGUGUGUGUCACGCUGCUGCGUGCUGCAUUCCUCGCCCUCUUCUCUCCGCCACCAGUGAUUCUCAUACUUCCGCACGGAAAUGGAAACGGUUCGCGUAGACUAAGCGAGCAGACGGCUAACCAUGCGGCGCGCGCUCGUCGUUCUCUCUUCUCGAGGCACUAGAAAUGAUUCCGCUUCGCUUGAGAAGGAAAAUGCGAACGCUCGACGGCGCGUCCGUCGCGUCCGGAAGGAUUCGACGUCGACAUCUUUGCGAUUUCGAAGGAAAAGUGCGACGAAAAAACGCGAUCGAUUAAUUUUAUACCAUAAUGUAUCCUCUCUCUCUCUCUCUCUAGAUAAAUUGCGUUCAACGACGAAUGAUAUUACACAAUGUUGACGCAAUUUAACUUCUCUUUACUUUUGUUUUUUCUUCUCUCUCUUUCUUUCUUUCUCUCUUUUUCUCUCGUACGCUUGCGUAUUCGCGAAUCCACAUUUAGGCGCGUUUAUAGAGAUUUCUCAAUGUAAGUUUAUCGCGAACAGGGAGAUGAUAAGUGGCGUAGGUAACGACAGAUCGAAGAGAAUAAGAGAAUAUACUCGACGAGGUGAUUUCGGCAAAGAAUGCGCAUCACUGGUAACUGCACACUGCGAUACACUGCGAGAGGCACACACACACAUAUACCCACAGACAGACAGACACCGUAACACUUCGGCGAGUAAGCAACGCGGGAUCACGUGUCGGAAAUGCAUAAUUGACUAAUGGUAACGUGUAAUUUCGACGAUUUAUGGAAAUGCCUUUUCUGCGCGCUCACUCGUGCGCGCACGCGACGAAGCUGUCACCAAUGCGACGAUGCUGACUUCUGUCUAUUCCGUAUCCGAUAAUGGCACUCGUCGUGUGAAGAAUUCUUGAAUGUUAAAAACAUUCCGCAGUCGAUGGAUCGCGUUGACGUUCGUGUCUGAUCGCGAGAUCGCCGUAGCACAGUAAACGUUUCUAAAACUGCGAAAGGACAGGACAGCCAAAUUGAACGGAUAAAAUUGGUGUGCACGCGCAUCAUCGCAAACCAUAUACCAUAUUAUAUAUCUGGACAUAUAUAAUGUAUUAUUCUCUUUUUCCCCCGCUGACAGACGCGAGAGUCAAUGUAUACACAUCUUAUAUAAGAUCCUGCCGCCACGAAUAAAUUGUGUACCUGCCUA